AAACCAAACCAACCAACCCCAUAGUACUUUUGCUUCUCUUCUUCUCUUUUGCCUUCUUCUACACUCUCGUUACACCACAACCAUGAAGCUUCGCCUGCAAUGGCGGACAAUGGCGUUUACCCUAAUCAUCUCUCUCGCCCUGAGUUCCUUUGGACGAGUGAGCUCCAGUGUUCUCUCCCGAGUUGACCGAGUCGCUCAGUUACCUGGUCAACCCCGAGUCGGGUUUCAGCAGUACUCGGGUUAUGUCACUGUCGAUGACAAGAAACAGAGGGCUCUGUUUUAUUACUUCGCCGAAGCAGAAGCCGAUCCUGCUUCUAAGCCCCUCGUUCUCUGGCUCAACGGAGGACCUGGGUGUUCUUCCCUGGGUGUUGGCGCAUUCUCUGAGAAUGGACCCUUUAGACCAAAAGGACCAAUCUUGGUCAAGAACGAGCAUAGCUGGAACAAAGAGGCUAACAUGUUGUAUUUGGAGACACCUGUUGGCGUUGGGUUCUCUUAUUCAACUGAUAGUUCAUCUUAUGAGGGUGUGAACGACAAGAUCACUGCAAGAGACAACCUUGUGUUCUUGCAAAGGUGGUUCCUCAAAUUCCCUCAGUAUCUCAACAGAAGCCUCUUCAUCACUGGUGAAAGCUAUGCCGGCCAUUAUGUUCCUCAGUUGGCUCAGUUGAUGAUCCAGUAUAACAAGAAGCACAAGUUGUUCAACCUCAGAGGCAUUGCACUUGGCAAUCCGGUUCUUGAGUUUGCGACUGAUUUCAACUCGAGGGCUGAAUUCUUCUGGUCUCACGGGUUGAUAUCGGAUUCAACGUACAAAAUGUUCACAUCUUACUGUAAUUACUCACGCUAUGUGAGCGAAUACUACAGAGGGACAGUGUCUGCAAUGUGUUCAAAGGUGAUGAGCCAAGUGAGCGUCGAGACAAGUAGAUUCGUGGACAAAUACGAUGUCACUCUCGAUGUCUGCAUACCCUCCGUGUUAUCACAGUCCAAAGUAGUGAGCCCUCAACAGCAAGUCGGGGAGACAGUUGAUGUUUGUGUUGAAGAUGAAACUGUCAGUUAUCUGAACAGGAGAGAUGUCCAAAGAUCUCUCCAUGCCCGGCUGGUUGGAGUUCGGAAAUGGGCAGUUUGCAGCAAUGUCCUCGAUUACGAAUUGCUUGAUGUUGAAAUACCGACGAUUACCGUCGUUGGGAAUCUUGUUAAGGCCGGGAUCCCGGUUCUUGUUUACAGUGGAGAUCAAGAUUCUGUAAUCCCGCUAACCGGAAGCAGAACGUUGGUUAACCGUUUGGCUGAAGAGCUCAGACUAAGAACCACGGUUCCUUAUCGGGUUUGGUUUGCCGGGCAACAGGUCGGAGGGUGGACUCAGGUUUACGGGAAUAUCCUGUCGUUUGCAACGGUGAGAGGAGCAUCUCACGAGGUCCCGUUCUCGCAGCCUCAGCGAUCGCUUGUGCUGUUCAAGGCGUUUAUAAAUGGCCAUCCCCUUCCAGAAGCAUUCUGAUGUUGUACCAUUGUGUGAGAGUUUGUAAGUAAAAACAAAACAAAAGAUUAGAUUUUGGCAAAAGGGUUUUGCUUGCUUUCGGACCAGAACUAUCUGGAUUGUUGUCUGUUCCACAGUGAAAGAAAAUUUUUGUAAAGUAUCUGAACUGUGUAGGAAGAAACCUUGUAUUGUUCUCAAAAUUUCAAAGUUUUCAGCA